AUGAGCGGCUCCUCGGGCACUCCGUAUUUGGGCAGCAAGAUCAGCCUCAUCUCCAAGGCGCAGAUCCGCUACGAGGGCAUUCUCUACACCAUCGACACCGACAACUCCACCGUGGCGCUCGCUAAAGUGCGGUCUUUUGGCACUGAAGACCGCCCCACAGAUAGGCCUGCGCCUCCAAGAGAGGAGAUUUACGAGUACAUAAUUUUCCGGGGAAGCGACAUCAAGGACAUCACUGUGUGUGAACCUCCGAAAGCGCAGCACAGCCUUCCUCAGGACCCUGCCAUAGUUCAGUCUUCCCUGGGCUCAGCCUCCACCUCCACCUUCCAGCCACAUGUGCCUUAUAGCCCCUUUCGGGGGAUGCCACCCUACAGCCAGCUGGCUGCCAGCUCCCUGCUCAGCCAGCAAUAUGCAGCCUCCCUGGGUCUCGGAGCUGCUUUUCCGCCUGUCCCGCUCGGUAAGAGCCCCACGGUAGAGCAGGCUGUGCAGACAGGAUCCGCUGACAACCUGACUACUAAGAAGCUGCUGCCCGCCAGGGGCUCGGCGGGGACACAGCUCAAUGGACGCCAGGCCCAGCCCAGCAGCAAGACUGCCGGCGAUGUAGCUCAGGCUGCAGCUGUGCAAAGUCAAGGGCAGGUGAAUGACGAGAACAGAAGACCUCAGAGGAGGAGAGCAGGGAACCGUCGAACACGGAACCGCUCCAGAGGGCAGAACCGCCCCACCAAUGCAAAGGAAAACACCAUCAAGUUUGAAGGCGACUUUGACUUUGAGAGUGCGAAUGCUCAGUUCAACCGAGAGGAGCUAGACAAAGAAUUUAAGAAGAAACUGAAUUUUAAAGACGACAAAGCUGAUAAGGGAGAGGAGAAAGAUCCUGCUGUGGUGACCCCAAGUGAUGAGGCCCCUGCCGAGGAGGAACUCCUGGGACCCAACUGCUACUAUGACAAGUCCAAGUCAUUCUUCGACAACAUCUCCUCGGAGCUCAAGACCAGUUCCAGGCGCACCACAUGGGCCGAAGAGAGGAAACUUAACACGGAGACCUUCGGGGUGUCGGGACGGUUUCUUCGUGGCCGCAGCUUCCGUGGUGGAUUCCGAGGGGGCCGCGGCGCUGGCACGGCUCGCCGAAACCCGACCACCCACAGAGCUGGGACUGGCAGGGUGUGA